CAGCGGUGACGCGAUUCUGUCCGCGUUGGAGCGGGCGGGCCGCCGCCUGAGUCUCCGCGGCCGCCGUGUGACGUGGCACAGCCGAACACUUAACGCCGCGCCGGAGCCACCGCACCAGUCGCCGAGCAGGUCCCGGUCCCGCUACGUCGUGUCCCGCGGCUCUGCCGACACUCCGGCCUGAGAGACGGGUCUUCAGCCUUUUCUCUUCCGCCCACUCAGUUGUGAGCCGGAACCGUGAAGGCCCGAGGGCGGACCAGACCCUCUCUUUUUGACCAUCAAGUGCCACCACCGCUAUGGGCCUCACCAUCUCCUCUCUCUUCUCGCGCCUCUUCGGCAAGAAGCAGAUGCGCAUUUUGAUGGUUGGAUUGGAUGCUGCGGGCAAGACGACGAUUCUGUAUAAACUGAAACUAGGGGAGAUAGUCACCACCAUUCCUACCAUUGGUUUUAAUGUGGAAACAGUAGAAUAUAAGAACAUUUGUUUCACAGUUUGGGAUGUUGGUGGUCAAGAUAAAAUUAGGCCUCUCUGGAGGCAUUACUUCCAGAAUACCCAGGGUCUCAUUUUCGUGGUAGAUAGCAAUGAUCGUGAAAGAAUUCAGGAAGGAGCAGCCGUGCUGCAGAAAAUGCUUCUGGAAGAUGAGCUGCAGGAUGCUGUGCUGCUGCUUUUUGCAAACAAACAGGAUUUGCCAAAUGCUAUGGCCAUCAGUGAGAUGACGGACAAGUUAGGUCUUCAGUCUCUCCGGAACAGAACAUGGUAUGUCCAAGCCACUUGUGCUACACAAGGAACUGGUCUGUACGAGGGGCUGGAUUGGCUGUCAAACGAACUUUCAAAACGCUAAAUGAAACUGGAUAUCUAACCAAGGACAUGUUUGAUAGAAUUGGUCUAGGCUUGUUACAACAAAAUUAGUUUGCAUCUUGGUUAUUAAAGGAUAUCUGAGACGGUUUGGGCAGAAAUUACAGCGUUUAAAACUUGUUUUGUUGCCAAUUAUUGUUUACCAAGAACAAUGUUGCUGUUUAGCAAUAUGCUUGGGUUUAAGAGAAAUUCUCCUUGGGGGAAAAAAGUGUCCAUUAUUAUACUUCCUCUGAACCUGAAUGCCUGGAUAGAUAGCGAUUGUGACACCCUUAAACAAAUCUGUUUUGAGUGUUUUUUGAGCCCACACCAAUAAUGUUUUAAAGUUACCCCCUUGGAACUUACUGAUACCUAUCAUUCCUCGGGCAGUCUGCUGAGUUAAAAAUGUAGCAUUCCAUUUGUAUUUAUUUUCCCCUUGCCAAAAAGAUUUUUCUAAUAAUGCUUGUACUGGCCAGGGAUGAGCUCCACAACACUAUUCAGUUUUCUUGUACUGAGGAUUCCCCCACCUCCCUCACAUUAUUGACUCCUGGCUUCUAUCAGCCAAACUUUGAUGUAGUUUGGAUUUGAUACCUAAUUCUGGGCUGGUUGCAAAGAGUUCAUAUUGAGAUAACUUUUAAUACUCAGCAAAUUGUCUUCCUUUAUAUUAUCUUUUUUAUGUUGCAUGUUGCUUUUGGAAUCAGCCUGACUCUUUGCCCAGCAUAUGAUAGUUCUGCUGGUAUUUUACUGUUCACUGAUGAACAUAUCUUCAUUAAGAAUUUUUUGAAAACUCAUCAAAUUCAACGAAUAAGUUUUCUUCAUAACCCAUUUGGAAUUAUUCCUAAUAAAAUGAUUUU